ACAGACGUCUCGUGUCGCGGCAGACAUUGACACGUUAGAUAACCCUCAUUGAUACGGCCAUGAGCGCUAAGCAGAGAUCUAGAUUUGUGUUGAAGGUGGUCACCGCUGCAAGAAACACCAAGAUGGCAAAAGUCCUGAAGUCACUAAUCCUUCUCUCCAUCAUUUCUGGCGCACUCAGCGCUGUAGCCGGGGCAGCUGGGGGCGAAAGUCUCACAUUCGCAGAGAUCGCCCACCUCGUUGCCGCCAAUGUGGAUGAGGAUCACGAUGGAAAUCUAACCGUCACUGAAAUUUACGACUCCAUAGUCCUCAGAUUCGACCAUGAUGGUAAUGGUUGUGCAGGAAAACAAGAGUUUGUGAAACAGUGGAGUCACGAUUACCAUGACAACCCGCAUAUCUCGGCUAUUUUCUUUGACCAUCUUGAUUUAGACCAGGAUGGAUGUCUCACCAAGUCGGACAUAGCUUUUAAUUUCAGAGCCAUGGACAGCGCGCACGGUGAUCACAGCGUGACAGAGACAGAAUUCGCCGAUUUCUUGAGAGCGGUUAGUACAUUCUCAUCAUUCACUGAUACAAACAAUCAUAGUAUACUGCGUUGUUAUAUGUUUAACCAAUCUAGAAAUCAUGAUUAAUGUGUAAAUGUGUGACACGAGUGGUUUAGAAGAUGGGGUUCAUUCACUGACUGAAUGCCCUCUAUUGAAUCUGAUUUCAAGGAAAAUAUUUUUCUACCCUCUGAUCAAAAGGAGUUGUAAUUAAGAGAAUUUAAUUUAUACUAUGAGGUGUAAAGGGAAGACACUGAAUGUAAAUGUUGUGAUAUCGCUAAUGAACACAUUUUAUGAAACUCAAAGACAUAUUGCAUAUAAAAAUGGUGAAAAAGAUUUGUUUGACACCUGCUGGAACCGCUGGAAUCAAUUAUUUCAUUGAGUGUUUGUUUGCUGUUGUUGUUUAUUUUUUUGUUUUUUGUUUGAAAAUUAUGUUUUUUAUAAAUUUCAAUAUAUAUGUACCCUUUUAAAAUAUAUUAAAUAAUGACUGAACUCAUCUCUCUCUCUCUCUCUCUCUCUCUCUCUCUCUCUCAGAAAAUAAUAUAUACAUAUACCUCUGAUAGUUCUUAUAAACAUUUUGUACAAGUUUCUUUGCAGAAUGUAUGUAUAUAUAUACUGUGUGUAUGUUUAAAAAAAAAAAAAAAAAGAGAGAAUUUAAUUAAAUAACACUGGUAUCAAAGUUAAUAAUCAAUUACUAAUUAAUUCUACUUUGCAAUUUAAAAAAACAAGAGGUACUGUGAGCAAUGCUCACUAAGAAUACCCCCCCCCCCCCCCCCCCCCACUUACCCCAAUCUCCCAAAGGGUGUUGUUAAUAGGUAUAAAUUACCUCUUUCCUGAGUGUAAAAAUAUGGUAUGCCUUUGUAGAAGAAAAUGGAAGCUAUAGUCCGAACACAAAUCCAUGGUAUAAACCUAUAAUUUUGACCUUGAGAUCAAAGGUCAAGGUCAUAAAGAGGUUAUGAAUGUAUAUGACACAUAGUCUCAUGGUGAUACAACCAUGUAUUAUGGUAUGACUAUGUCAAAACCCUAUACUCAAUUUUGACCUUGAGGUCAAAGUUCAAGGUCAUAUAGAGGUCAUGAAGGUACCCGACACAUCGUCUCAUGGUGAUACACUCAUGUGUCAAAUAUGGUAUGCCUAUGUCAAAGAACAAAGAAGUCAUGGCCUUGACACGAAUCCAUUGUAAAAACCUUUAAUUUUGACCUUGAGGUCAAGGUCAUAUAGAGGUCAUGAAGGUACUCGACACAUUGUCUCAUGGUGAUCCACCUGUGUGCCAAAUGUGGUAUGCCUAUGUCAAAGAACAAAGAAGUUAUGGUCCGGACACGAAUCUGCACAGACAGACAGACAGAGUGAUUCCUAUAUACCCCCUGAACUUCGUUCGCGGGGGGUAUAAAAAUAUCUCUAGCAAAAUUGAAAAGCUUUUUAAAAAAUAUAGGAGUUGAAAAUGUAGGCGGGAAGGCAGAGUUAUCUUAUGUAGUUCUUUUAUCUUAUUGGCCCAGAAUUUGAUUUUAUUGAAACCGAGUAUUUCUACAGUGUACGUAUAAAAAGAGAGGUCAUAGGAAAAUUAUUGUGAAUUCUAAAAACCUUUUUAUAAGAUAGUCUUGGUGAUAAAUUAAAAGAUAAAACUAGAUGUACCGUAUACAUGUAAAUAUGUAAAGGGGGGGGAUAAAAGACAAACUACCGUACAGAGACCCCGGGGUUGGAAGCAUAAAGACAAAAUAUCAUAUAACGACCGGUUAGACAAACCACCGUUUAACUGGGGUAGGAGUUCGCGGAAUUGUAUUUUCCUUUUGCACUGCUAAUUUCGAUACACAAAAUAUGAUAAAGGGCACCGGUUGCUUUGUUUAUGCGAUUUUAAAAUACGAUGCUAUUUUGCACAAAUCCAAAAAUUAUUCACGAUAAGUUGUACAUAUUGAUGUUCUUUUUGUUAGAGGUUGUAUUCAUGAAAGGUGAAGAUAACGAACAGUGAUCAAUCUCAUAACUCCUAUAGGCAAUACAAAAUAGAUAGUUGGGCAAACUAUAUAUUGUGUAUAAAAAUAUUUCCACUACACAAAAACGUCCACACACUUUGGAGAGCGUCCUGUACAUUGAAUAGAUAAUAAACAUACACAAGAGACGAGUAAAAAUGACACGCAGAUUUUCAUUCACUAGGGAUGGUUGAUCCACAGAUUGUUGGUCUUUGGCGGAUUAUUUGUUUAACCUCUUACCAGAAAUAUGCAUGUGUAAUGAUCAAAUAGAUAUUAAUUCUCUCUUCUAAAACAAAAACUGCCGAUGCCAUCUCCCACCAUAGAAGUAUGUGAUCUGGAAAACCCAAUCCACAAACACGUCAUCCUCAGUUUCUCAAUGAACAUUAAUCAAUGUGUAUGUUAUUUAUUUUACUCACAGGUACAUCCAAAUAGACAAGGCGGGGGUGGUCAGGAUGUUGUCGGAUAAAGCAUACAUUUGUUUUAAAGUAAAAAUAAACACUGUUUUGAACUAAA